AUGGAGGACAGCGUAAAGGAACAGCACCAGCGGCUCAGGACGAGCGACUCCUCCGCUGCCGCCUCCCUCCCUCCCGCUCUUCUCCCCCGCCGGCUGUUCCUUUUUUCCUAUUUCCCACCACCGCAAUCCGAGGCAGCUGCUCAGACAGCACCUACGGAUGGUGCCGGCGUGCAGGCGGCUCCUCGUCCCGCACCGCCACAGCCCGUCGCCGCAGCCGCCCGCCCGCGGUCCGCCCGAGACACGCGGCUGUCCCGAGGAGGCGGCCGCUCAGCUCAGGGGCCUUCCGGGAAAGCCCCUCGGGUCGGGCCUGACCCGCGCGGCCCAGCCGCUCCCGGCGGCGUCCAUCCCAGCGCUUCACCGUGGGCUCGGGGCCGCCCGCGCCGCGUGAGGCGGAGGCGCUCGGAGCUGCCCCGGGAUCCCCGCGCGGCAACGGCCGGCCGCAGCCUGACUUGCCGCCCUCCCCCCCCGCCGCCUUCCGACUGGCAACCUCGGGAGCCAAUGAGAAGAGCCCUCGAAAGGCUGCCGGCCAAUCCGGACCCACGGGAGGUGGGUCGAGGCGCCCCAGCACGGUGCGCUGCGCCUCUCGCUGCGCCGCGGGCCCAGCGCCCGAGCCCGCAGCGGAUCGGUGCGGCGGCGGCUGCGGACCGUGCGGACGGCCGGACUGCGGGGCCGCCCUACCCCCGCCAUCGCCGGCCGGCGCGGCUGAACCUCACCUGUCGGCCUCCUCCAAGCGGCGGCGGCGGCUCGGAGAGCUCCGGCUGCGCUUCACAUUCAAACCGCGAGAUCUCUACGGGGAUAUGCUGACAGAGAACCCUGUUUCAUUCAUCCUUCCACUGAAGAACUACCCCAGGCAGGCCAGGUCUUAGAGCAGCAGAGGCAGGACAAGGCCAGAACCAGCAAUGCCUGCAGGCAUUUCGGCUCAGCAUUUUAUGCUCCAUUAAGAUGCCUGUGGGUUAUGAUCUUUCUGAGUGGAUGAAGGAGAACAAAAAGCUGAUGUGGAUAUACAGCUGUUUCAGGUAUUCCGGUAUAUGCUCUGCAUACUACUCUUAUUGCUUUAGGACGUACAAUCAAUUCCAGAAAAUCAUGACAGGAUUAAGGCUGUUACAAUCCCAUUGCAUUCCAGUCCCCCUUCUCCUCCAUGCACUACAGUAAGUCUAGAAUGUUUCUAAUGUCACAUGCCUAAUUUCAGCAGUUUAUAAAUGGUACAAAUACAAUAAAAGCUUGAGUAAAAGAAGAAUCUCUCGGAACUAAGGCUGAAAGAAGGGACUGAUUAAUUCUAUAUGCAGAGAUAGUACAAAUGUUGCACAUUACAGUAAAGAAAGCCCACGAUGCAACUCCAAAUUUAAGAUCUGACAAUUAGGAGACCUCUUCCAAGACUUGAGAUGUAAGGCUUUCAAAACUGUAGAAGAAACAUGCAACUUUAAAGUUUGUGUUUUGAAAGGAGAUACAGGUAUACAUUCAAUGAGGCAGUGCCACAUUCAAAACCUGAAAAUAAUAUACGUUUAAGAACUAUCUAGGACAGGAAGGAAAAAUAAUGGCUUAUUCUUACAAAUUUAUUACAAAUUUAAAUAGAAUUAAAAUAAAUACUUCAUUUUAUCAUAAUUAAGUGACAUUACCAGGAAACAAGCAAAUAUACUAAACGCAACAAAGUGACAUUUCAAAUGCAGCAAGUUCAAUAUUGGCAACGCUUAUUUUUCAGUCUUUUCCUUAUGCUAAAAUAUAACCAUAUAUUUCCUCAUAUUAAAUAUUAGCAUACAGACUUAAUCUAUAGGGUGUUUAAAACUUAGCCUGGCUGUGGCUUUUCUUUGGUUAAAAAUAAAAACUUGAAAGCCUUACCAAUACUACUGACUGCAAAACAAUUGCCAAACGAUGCUUCUGUAGAACAAGCUGAUUUACUGAAGAAUGCCACAUGAGCCCUUUGGAAAUAGCUCACAAGAAAAAAAAUGUAUAUAUACACACACACCAAUAACUCUGAGAGUAGAAUAUCUCAACACUACAUCAACUAUGACUGCCCUAUUAGGAAACUCAAAAGCAAAACAAGUUGAACGCAGUACCGUUCUAUUGUUGCUGUUGUUAAAUACUGUUAUUUCUGAGGUUUGCUGAUACAGAUAGCACAGUGGGUAAUCCAAUACUUUUGUUUACGUGUUUUAGGAAGUGGAAUUUCUCCCAUCCUGCCGUACUUUUCCAUUUUUGAAAAAAAAAGUCUUGAAAUUAAAACUUGAAAUUAAAGUUACUUCAAAGGCAUAACUCCACCCUGCAGGACUUCUGUUAUAAACUGGUAUUAUUUGAUGGAAAGUGUCAGAAAAAACUUAGGCAUGCUAAAGAAGGGAAAAUCUCCAGGGUAAGCAAGCAAAGCUUUAGUGUUAAAUCACCUUUGCUUCACAUAUUUUUGAAACCACAUAAAUGUAUUGGUAAUUGUUAUAGUGUACAACUGAUCUUAAGUUUAAUUCUGCUAAAGCAAUCAAGGAAUUCAGAUUUCUCAGUAGCGACAUCUGUUCUCAACUAUGAGUUAUUUGCACAAAAAAAA